AUGACUCAUAUGCUUGUGCUGUGCUACUUGGUGUUUCUUUUGCCCGCAGAGUCCUCCUGUAGGACAUUGCACCAGGCUACCAGCAAAAGCAAGGAGAAGGUACAUGCCAGGUUACAUGGUGUAUGCGAUGGUGUCUGUACAGACAACUCCCAGUGCACUCAACCUUGCCCUCCAGAUACUCAGGGAAAUAUAGGAUUUUCAUGCAGGAAAAAGACAUGGCACAAGAUCACUGACACCUGCCGGACUCUUAACGCCCUCAACAUCUUUGAGGAGGAUUUAUAUUCGGUUCAGUCAUUUGCAGAUAAUGUGAAAAUAAAUGUAUAUCAUGGAAAGCCUGACACCAUAACAGAUAUAUUGCUACAAAAGUGUCCCACGGAUUUGUCUUGUGUAAUUAAAAACAUUCAGCAAUCUCCCCGGAUACCAGGAAACAUUGCCAUAAUUGUGCAGCUCUUACGCAACAUAUCAACAGCAAUAUGGACAGGCGUUGAUGAGGCAAAGAUGCAGAGUUACAGCACCAUAGCCAACCACAUUCUUAACAGCAAAAGCAUCUCCAACUGGACUUUCAUUCCUGACAGAAACAGCAGCUGUGUCCUGCUACACUCAGUCAACUCCUUUGCGAGAAGGCUGUACAUAGAUAAACAUCCCGUUGACAUAUCAGAUGCCUUCAUUCAUACUAUGGGCACCACCAUAUCUGGAGAUAACACUGAAAAAAAUUUCACUUUCUCGAUGAGAGUUAAUGAUACCAGCAAUGAAGUCACUGGGAGAGUGUUGAUCAGUAGAGAUGAGCUUCGGAAGGUGACUUCACCUUCUCAGGUCAUCAGCAUUGCAUUUCCAACUAUUGGGGCUAUUUUGGAAGCCAGUCUUUUGGAACAUGUUACUGUAAAUGGGCUUGUGCUGUCUGUCAUUUUGCCCAAGGAACUUAAAAGAAUCUCACUCAUUUUUGAUAAGAUCAGCAAGUCAGAGGAGAGGCGGACACAGUGUGUUGGCUGGCACUCUGUGGAGAGCAGAUGGGACCAGCAGGCCUGUAAAAUGAUUCAAGAAAACUCCCAGCAAGCUGUUUGCAAAUGUAGGCCAAGCAAGUUGUUUACCUCUUUCUCAAUUCUUAUGUCACGUCAUAUCUUAGAGAGUCCGAUCCUGACUUACAUCACAUAUGUAGGCCUGGGUAUUUCUAUUUGCAGCCUGAUCCUUUGCUUGUCCAUUGAGGUCCUAGUCUGGAGCCAAGUGACGAAGACGGAGAUCACCUAUUUACGCCAUGUGUGCAUUGUUAACGUUGCGGUUACUUUGCUGAUGGCUGAUGUGUGGUUCAUUGUGGCUUCCUUUCUUAGUGGUCCAGUGACACACCACAAGGGAUGUGUGGCAGCAACAUUUUUUGUUCAUUUCUUUUACCUUUCUGUGUUUUUCUGGAUGCUUGCCAAGGCACUCCUUAUCCUCUACGGAAUCAUGAUUGUUUUCCAUACCUUGCCCAAAUCAGUCCUGGUGGCAUCUCUGUUUUCACUGGGCUAUGGAUGCCCUUUGGUCAUUGCUGGUAUCACGGUUGCUGCCACUGAACCUGGCAAAGGCUACCUACGAUCUGAGGCCUGCUGGCUCAACUGGGACAUGACCAGAGCCCUCCUGGCCUUCGUGGUCCCAGCUUUAGCCAUCGUGGUAGUAAACCUGAUCACAGUCACACUGGUGAUUGUCAAGACCCAGCGAGCUGCCAUUGGCAAUUCCAUGUUCCAGGAAGUGAGAGCCAUUGUGAGAAUCAGCAAGAACAUUGCCAUCCUCACACCACUUCUGGGACUGACCUGGGGAUUUGGAGUAGCCACCGUCAUCAAUGACAGAACCCUGGCCUUCCACAUUAUCUUCUCCCUGCUCAAUGCAUUCCAGGGUUUCUUCAUUCUAGUGUUUGGAACUAUCCUGGAUCCAAAGAUAAGAGAAGCCUUAAAGGGUCGAGUAGCCUCUGCAAAAUGGAGCUCCAGAAUAUCAGAGAAUGGUUCUUCUGAAUUCUCUUGCCAUCCCACCAAAGGGCCAAGUUAACAAUCCAGGCUGCAUCCCUAAGCUGGAGGAAUGGCAGAACCCAAAGGAGAAAUGUGCUCAUUCCUGUCUUCUUGCCUCUGGAGAAUAUGUAGGAAGCUCACACACUAUGGUGCUGAUGGAGGAAGGGCGUGAUGUGCAGAAAGGAUGAAAGGCUCCUCUGUCUAAGCUGUUCUGGGCUACUAAACAUUUCUUGUCCAUCAACUGUGCAUAUCUGCAUAUAUGUCAUGUUGGACAGCCACAGUGAACAAAAAGACAAAGGAGGCCACAAUUGUGGUUUUUGCUGGUGCCUCCAUCUCUAUGCUGUUGGUUCACAUUUGUCUUCAGAAAGCAAGCUCUGGCUUAUCUUGGCAAAGGCGGCCUGGGACUUCACCUGGCUGGAUUCUGUGUGUUGCUGAAGGAGGAACCCUCAUGAAUACUCACAAAGAGUUGGGCUGACUCUAAGUAGGUCAUUGCUGAUUUUUUUUUUUCUCAAAAGGAAUCCACUGUCAGUAUAUUCCACUUUUUCAAAUUUAAAUUGAUUGGAUGGUCAACCUGGUUUGGGCUUAGAUACAACUUCCUUGGCCAUGAACCAAGGGGAAAAGCAUAGAGCUUUUGAGACAGAGAGAUGCCUGCUUUCGGCUAAGGAGAUAGAAGCCUGGAGUUGUGAGUCAGCGCUAAUCAAGGACUGAGCCAGAGGUAGAAACCUGUGUCUGCUGACGCCCAGCCACGGACUUCCCCUUUAAGACCAUGUAGCCACUGAAAGGCCUUCUGCCUACACUGACAAUGUAAGCUCAAUCCACACCAAUAAUAUGCUUUUUUGUUACAUGGAUUUGGGGAGAAGAAAUAUCGUGUUUCCAAUUCAGAGCUCUCAUUUUCUUAAUUUGUAUGUAACCAAAUUCAACAUUCAAACUAGGUGUUACCUGAUAGAACAGUACUGCAGAUAGAAGCUCUUUGAGGAAAAAAAAAUAGCCUCUUACAAAGCAAGCACACAGAUGACUGCAGCAGCAUCUAACUAGUGGAUAAAGGCAAAGGGGCAAUGGGCAGCCUCUAAUUAUCCCAACACGAAGUCAGUAUUAAUGAUGUUUCAUUCCAAAGGAGAAAGUGAGGCUUACUUUGUCAUUGAGUGCAGUCUCUCCCUUCCUCCCUCCCUCCUCUUUCCUUUCUUUUCUUUUUCUUUCUUUCUUUUCUUUCUUUCUUACUCUCUCUCUCUUUCUUUCACAAAUUAUCUUCCUGUAAGUAGGAAAGUUUGAGAAGACAAAAAGCAUCAGUCUGAGGUUUAAAAAAACGCAUCAACCUGGAGAAAGAGUCAUUUUUCAAAUGGCGUUUCUCAUUUUGGAACAACAAAAGCAUCCUUCACAAAUAAAGUCAGAGAGUGGUUUUAAUUUACCAUUUACCAAUAUGUUUGUACGGUGUCUUCAAGAAAUGGGGUGAGAUAGACAUAGUUCUGUUUUUUCUCAAUGCAGAGACUUAGGUACAAAGAAAUAUCAUUUACCCAGAGUCCAUACAUUGAAGUGAAAGUGGAAUUUCAUGAAGCAAAAAUAGUUAUAGGAUGAUAAAUCUGGACAAAUUAUAUUAAAGACUAACUCCAGUUGCCUUAUUUCACAGAUAACAGCUCUGAGCUCUAGGGAGAGAGGGAGAGGGAGGGAUUGGCUUAGCAUUUGCUUUGUGCUUGAGUAAUCACAUCUAGCAUGGAAGUACUCACUACUCAGGUGUACUCAUUCCCUGAGAUAGGAUGGUGGGAAAGAUACCCCAUCUUUGCCUCAUUAUUAACCAAGAAAACUCAAGGAUGCUGAGAGAAAGACUCUGGAAUUAUUUGCAAAUUCCUGGAAGAAGCUGUGCCUUCUGUCUUAUAGUCCAAAGCCCACUCUACACCAUGUUGAAAAUUGUCAAGGAACUGCAUGGAUUAGGUUGACUCUGGAUGACCCUGGGUGGAGACACAUUGUUUCCUGCUGAUACCUCACCAAGAAAGUGACUUGGUCAGGUGAACCUAGGAGAAAUUAGUACUGAUAGUGUUCAAGGCAGAUUUGUAGGUAUCAGACUUAAUACAUAAUGAUUCUUGGGAAAGCCAAGACUUUCCUUAGACUUUAAUUGGAUAAAUGUAGGUAAAGUACUUAGAAUAGUACUUGGCAAAUAAUAAUUGCUCAUUGAAAUUCAAAUUUUUUUUUUUUUAAAUUAGAGUCCUGUGAAUACAUGAACUCACCCACCUACACACAAACACAAGCAAACAUACAGCCAUGACCCUGUGCAUAAGUUUGACUGUAGAUACCCUCAUGGGAACUAGUUCACUGACUUCUGAAUAAAAGAGUUAAGCAAUUGAUUUGUUCUGUUCAACAUUAGGGUUAUCAGCCAGCAAAAUCUGUUGAACUUACCAUUAAAAAAAUCCUUUCAUUCAAAGUUACUGUGGUCAUAAUAUACAGUUUCCUGGCCAGGAAAGAGGAGUACAUACCACAGGGUUCUGCUCAGUGCCUGUGUGUCUGAGCUCUCCCUCGCUCUCUGCCUUCUUCGAGAAGUCUUCCCUGAUUGGUCCAACCAGAAGUGCUGAUUCUCCCCACCUGAUUUCCUGUAAUUUUAUAAUCUGCGCCCUUCACUUUAUUUUUGUAUUUACUGUCAUAUUGUUUAUUUUCUUUUGUCUUUUUGUGUGCACAUGUGUAUGUUUUGGGGGAUAAGGUUAUUCACUUUUGUUACUGUGAUACUCACUUUUGUAUGCCCAUAGUGCAGAGCCUGGUGCCUUGUACAUAGAAUAAGUUCAGUAAAUAUGUGCAAUAAAAAGUCCUUUGAUUACACAA